UCCAAGGAGUUAAGAAAGGUCGGGGUGCUGCUUGUGAAAUGGAAGAGUGGGGGACUGGAAAAAUAAUACAUAUUGAAUUUGGUGCUAAUUGGAUGCCUAUUAAUGAAGAUGGAAAGAGGUUUAGUUCCCAACUUGGAGUCUUGGCUCGAGAUGGGCAGAAGGUUCCUCUAACAUAUACUUCAUGGAGUGGCAUGCCUCCUGAUGUAUUAAAUGGCAUUUGGAAAGAUGUCAAGGACAACACCGAUGUCCCAGAUGAAUAUAAACAUAGUUGCUUGAAGGUGGUUGGUAACAGAUGGAGGGAUUGGAAGAGUCGAGUCAAGACACGAUGGUAUGAUAAAUAUGAAACUGAUGAGGAACGACUAGCAAUCACGCCUAAUCAGGUUGUUAGAGAUCAAUGGAUACUAUUAGUAAAGUAUUGGGGUCUUCCGGAUGUACAGGAGCUGUGUGAGACAAAUAAACUUAGCCGUGCACAAGGAGGAGCCCCUCAUAGAACUGGUCGAAAAUCUUUUGCUAGAAUACGGAAAGAGCAACUUUCAGUUGGUAAUUGGAGCAUGCAUAAAUGCUUACCUUUGUUCAAACCUUGA